AUGACUGCGUCGACCCCGAAGGCCAAAAUGAUGGAGAGUAGCGCAGCCGAGAGCCCGCCCAAACCAGAGCCAGUCCCGAGGACACGUUACGGUGAGGAGAUCAACGGCGCUCUGACUGAGGCACUCACACCGCUGGUCGAUGACAAAGGCUGGCCCUUGCACGGGCACGCCCUGGCAUCGGAGAUGCUGGACCGCGGCAGGUUUGAGAAGUUGGGGGAGGUGCUGAGAGCGAUUCGCCAGGUGGCGCCGAACUUCUCGAUCGCCCUGCACGUGGUGGAGGAGGUCAUGGCCAACGUCGGCACGGCCAAGAAGGACGACAUCAAGUUGAGAGAGGUUGAGUCCUGGGCCAAAGGCGCGUCGCUGAGGCUCCGAACUCUCUUGCUUCACGCGGCUGGCCUCGCUCGCAAGGAGAAGCCGCCGAGCAGGGCUCCUGCGUGGUGGACCAACCUCAUGGCCAACGAGAGCAAGGUCCCAGAGCCGAAGAAGGCAGCGCUGCAGAAGAGCAACGUGGAGGACGAUACCAAGCCCGAUAAGGAGCCCAAGCCCGAGGAGGGAUCCGAGCCCGAGGAUGCGUUCACGUUCGGAUACGACGAGAGCAUCAAGCGCGCAUGGAGAUGCGAUGCAUUCGCGGAUCGAUUUCAGCCUGAGGUUUGCGACAGCAUGACCGUCAAGCCAGGCGAGACCUACGUCUGGGCGAAGUGGGCAGACGGAAUGGAGUACGAGGUGCUGGACUGCUUGGCGUCGACCUUUCUCGAGGAUGCUGGACAUGAGCCCUCGAAGACGCCGCGAGGGGGCAACAUCUUGUGGACGGGCAACGUGGACGGCCUCCAGGUGCAGGUCAAGUUUGUGAUGGAUAGGGGGAUCAAGCUGAUUCAGAUCAAGCAUAACUUGAAGCAGGUCACGCAGAUCUCCACGCGCGCAGUCGAGGAGGCGGAGGCGGUGGAGUUCAUGAAGGACAUCGCGAAGCGCUACUGCGAGGGGCGCCUCACCGCCCAAGACGCCGAGCAGCUGAAGAGGGAGAAGCUCAAGGAGCUGAAGAAACGCGAGGAGAAGGACGAGAAGGCGGCGGCACUGGCUGCGACCAGCGCAGCUUCGUCCGUCGAGGCGCAGCCUGCGGAGACGGCGGAGAAGGGCGCACCCAUGGAGGGAGUGGAGAACCUGACGAUCGUCGAGAAGAAGCCCGAGGAGAAGCCCCAUGAGGGCAAGGAGGAGCCUCAGCCGCUGGAGAACCCCCAGGAAGCAAAGGAGGGGCCACCGGAGGAGACGGGCGAGCCCACGAGCGAGGUCGUCGAACCCAUCGACGACGACUCCGCGGACGAUAGCCCCGAUGAUAUCCGAGAGAUCCCGCCUCCAUUGAUUGGCCCGUGGGAGAGUAUGACCACCUCGCUGAACACCAUGAUUGACGAGGUUGUUGAGUGCUCUGAUUUCUGGAACAAUGCGUUUGACGAUGAUGAUGCGUGA